CUUAUCAUCAUCAUCAUUUCAUCAAAAACUAGAAAAAACAAGAAAACGAAGCUCAAAACCAACCAAAAAACGAGUUAUCUAUCUCGCUCUCCAACUCUAACAAACAGAUCAGUCUUUUCCCCCCUUAUAAGGUAUGAGGAGAAAGUGUAGAAAAAACGGAGAAAUUACAGUUAUGGAGCUACCCAACGUCGCAAUUCAAACGCCGGCCAUGAUGACAACCGGAACAACUCAGAAGAAACGCAGAAGGUUUAACGGCGAUGGGAAUUCAGAAUUUAGAGUAGCUUCUUCUACGACCUCAAUGACGUCGAGAAGCCGGAGAAUUUUGGUGGAUCAUCGUCAACUGAACGAAAGUCAAUGUUUGAGCCCUAAUUUGGAUCCUGAUGAUGACAUGUCUUGCUGUUCAAGCAGUAUGGAAUCAAGUGAGAAAAGGAUUAUCCGAUUGCCAGAUCUGGAGGGUGAGAGCAUUGAAGUUGAAGCAUCCACGCAUUUAAACUUCAGAGAAAGCAGGAGAGAAACGACACCGUCGAGUGAGCAUGAAGACCUGGAUUCAACGUCGAGGCCAUCAGAGGCGAACUCUCGCCGUAGAUCAACGGUGGGGAAGAUGCCAACUGGAGCUGAACUUGAAGAAUUCUUUGCUGCUGCCGAGAAAAAUGUUAAAAAACAGUUCGCUGAAAAGUAUAACUAUGAUAUUGUCAAGGACGAACCGUUGAAAGGACGUUACCAGUGGGUUCGACUCAACCCAUGAAAGAAAAAACGCGAAAUUUCAAACCAGAAAGACAAAGGA